GUUCAUCCUGUCUAGUAUCUGAGGGCAGACGGUUCACUUCAACGUUGCCCUCACUUGGCUAUCGCUAUCGAUAGCUAUCGCUUUAGCAAGUCACAAAAAUGGCGAACGUGGUGUUGGAGUUUAAGGCUUUUGCCGAUGACUCCGAGGUACAGAGUCGUUCUGUCCUGAUUAUCGGGCAGCAGGCCAACCUGCAGCAAGUCAGCUGGAGCCAACUCAAAGGAAAACUGCAGCCACUCGUUAGCAAAGAGAUUUGGCAGGCGGCUCUCAGUGCUUUGAACCCAAACCCCACGGACAGUUGCCCUCUGCACCUCAACCAUGCUGCAGUGGCUGCCCUUCCUUCACGGGUCAGCAGGCACAACAGCCCGUCAUCUGCCCACUUUGUGUCCCGUCUGGUCCGCUCCUGCCUGCCUGGAGGGAACAACCGCUGCAUUCUGAUGGUGUGUGAACGUUCAGAUGUGUUUGCGUCCUCCUGUGCCAUUGCCAGGGCCUUCCCCAAUUUCUCUCGCCGCUCCACAUCCUCACGCAGGACUGAGAAAAAGCAUGUCACUGUAGAGUUUGUGAUCAUUGGGCAAGACAGCAGCCCUCUGGAUGCUGCAGAACUUGAGUGUCUUUCCAACGCUGCUGAUGGGGUCCGGCUGGCAGCUCGCAUUGUGGACACACCAUGUAAUGAGAUGAAUACAGAUCACUUCUUAGAUGAAAUCAAGGCUGUGGGAACUGAACUUGGAAUUACUCCGGUGAUCAUUCGUGGAGAAGAACUGAAACAAAGAGGGUUCGGAGGUAUCUACGGAGUUGGAAAGGCAGCAGAACAUCCUCCUGCAUUAGCAGUCUUGAGCCACACGCCCGAUGGUGCAACCCAAACCAUUGCAUGGGUGGGCAAGGGCAUUGUGUACGAUACUGGAGGACUCAGCAUCAAGGGAAAGACCACAAUGCCAGGGAUGAAGAGAGACUGUGGUGGAGCUGCUGCCAUUUUGGGGGCUUUUAGAGCUACUGUUAAACAGGGCUUUAAGGAUAACCUCCAUGCAGUGUUUUGCCUCGCAGAGAAUGCAAUUGGACCUGCAGCCACACGACCUGAUGAUAUUCACACACUCUACUCUGGAAAGACGGUAGAGAUCAACAACACUGAUGCAGAGGGCAGGCUGGUGCUGGCUGAUGGUGUGGCGUAUGCCAGCAAAGACCUGGCAGCUGAUAUCAUCUUGGAUAUGGCCACUCUGACAGGGGCGCAGGGUAUCUCCACAGGGAAGUACCAUGCAGCUGUGAUAACGAACAGCGAGCAGUGGGAGGUUGCGUGUGUGCGUGCUGGCCGCAGCAGUGGAGAUCUCACUCACCCUCUGGUUUACUGCCCCGAGCUGCACUUCAGUGAGUUCACCUCCGCCAUGGCUGACAUGAAGAACUCUGUGGCAGAUCGGGAGAAUGCCCAGAGCUCCUGCGCCGGCCUCUUUAUUGCUUCCCACUUGGGCUUUGAUUGGCCUGGUGUCUGGGUCCAUGUUGAUAUCGCCUCUCCUGUCCACGCUGGGGAGCGCGCCACAGGGUUUGGUGUUGCUUUGCUAAUGGCCCUGUUUGGCCAGGCAUCAGAUGACUCCAUGCUGAAACAAGUGUCUCCUCUGGGCGCAGCCACCAACAUGUCUGAAGUCCAGAUGGAGCGUGACUGCAAAAGACGAAGACUGGUGUAGAAGACAGAGAAUAGUUUACUCCCGUCUGCUGCUGCACACCUAAACAGUUGAAACAAGUGCUAAAACAUUUUAAACUGUGAUUCAACUUUCUGUGUUUGAUUAAAUUUGACCUCAAAUAAAACAGAUAAUCAUCAGUAAAUCAGGUGGGUUAUAUAUGAUUAUGAUAAAAUACAGGCCCUCACUUGUCAUGACUUGGCACUUCUUGUGCUGGAAAUCUCUGUAGCUUCUCCAUUGUUCAGUUGCUUUUUAUGAAAGUCUGUUGACUAAUAUAACCCCUGAAAAUGCAGGCGGUUUAUUUUAUGAUUCAGGUUUUAAUAACUGGCCACUUUAUAUUCUUUUAGCUAUAAUUCUUUGAUAUUUUACAGGGAAAGGUUUUGUUUUUGAACAUUCAUCAGCAGAUUAUUGUAUGUUCAUACCGUAUGCAAAUCAAAGACUAUACCAUACUUUUUUCUUUUUUGUAUUUUGAUGUGAAAAAUACUGGCUCGAGAUCAGUAAAGCUAGAUACCUUUGGUAAUCACUGCACUUUGUAUUCAUCUUCUGAAUAGUUAGUGUGUGAUCUUUGGACCAAACUGAGGACUGAGCGCUUACUGCAGUUUUUAAGUUUUACAGUGACAUUAGAUUAGUAAUGACCAGCAUUACCACAGAUGCGUUGUCAGCACACACACACACACACACAAAAAAAACAGAUGUUAACUACAAGUAUAUUAGAAAUUUCAUCUGAAGCAUGUUUUUCCAUCCUUGUGACAAUCAUCUUGUCCUUGAAUAAAGGCAUUGCCAUCGGA